AGCAAGGUUUUCAGUUUCCUCCGUGGGGUGCGACUCCGAGGACGAUGACGGUCGCCCAAGCCGAACGCGUUGCGCGAAGAAUUCGCCAUCGAAGUAACGUCCGUCGUCUUUGUCGUGCGGGGACCCGUCGAUCUAUUUUUUGCGUCUCGUGUGUUGGACGACGCGGAAGUCGGACAGCUCCGCGGCCCUAACAAAGCGAGGAAUAAAGGACGAUGAGACCCGAUCGAGCAGGCAUCGGGCGAGACGCGUAUGCGACAGGAGAUACCUUUCGACGUUUGACCAAGAAAUUCUUUGGUCUCUCUAAGCCACCGAGAUUCUUUUACCAGGCGUUCCAAGAGCACAGCUGACCUGGCUCGCCUCGAUUGUGUAAGCUCUCGGGAAGGAAAAUAGACCUCUCCCUCCGAUUGGCCUAGCGUGUAGCAGCGUUCAAAAAUCCAAAGAAUUUCGAGUCAGCUGUUUUGCCGAUUAAUCGUUCCCUCGUUGUAUCGGGUUGCAGACAGUGGCGUCGAGACGCAUCGAUGAUAAAUCUGGAGGAACGCGUAGUCGUGGACAAGAAACAUGUCGGCGGAUUCUCCAAGGCGGGGUGUUCAUAAAGGGGCACGAGUUGUUUCGCCUCAGCCGAUUAGCGAUCGGUCUAUCAUCGAUAGCGUCGCUGGAAUAAUAAACGACAUAGUUCCACAGGUAUACACUGGGACUCAAAAUUCAGAAAAUAAGGAGUCGAUAUCCUGGGCAAGGUUCGAGUACGCGGACGUAAACGACCCUAUUCUACAUCCAGAUUAUAACGAAGGAUCCGGUACCCCACCACUGCUUUUAGUCCUCGGUUAUGGAACCGGAGUACAGGUGUGGGUGGUGGCAGCGUCGGGAGAGGCAACGGAAGUUUUGUCAUGGCGUCAAGGAGUCGUUCGGACUCUCAGAGUACUACCGAAUCCAAAGACGGGAGACGAUUACGUGGAUUCGUAUGGUUCGAAACGACCCAUGGUUGCUAUAUGCGAUUCGGCCAGUCCGGGUCCACAAUUCUGCAACGUCAGUUUUAUUUCUCUGAGGACCGGCGAGCAAGCAAAGAGCAUAAAAUUUAAAAAUCCUGUUUGCGACGUCUUGGCUAACAGAAGAUCGGUCGUGGUUACGUUUCUGGAGAAGAUCGCCGUGUUCGAUGCCAGAACUUUAGAGGAUGUCCUGACGGUAACUACUUGUUACCUAAGUCCUGGGCCGAGUCCAAAUCCGGUGGCUCUAGGAACGAGAUGGCUAGCAUACAGCGAAAAGAAGUUGUUGCCCGUAAGAAGGAGCAGCGGUGGAAGCGAAGGGGAGGGCGUUCAGAGUUACACGACGACCGUCCUGUACGCCGCCAAAUCUCUGGGAAAGGGCCUUCGAGGUUUGGGCGAAUCGGUUGCCUCCAGUUUGACAGGGAACGCGGUGUCGCCGAUGACGAUCAACAAUGCCGGCGCCGACGCGACUCAACCCGGAGUAGUGACGAUACUCGACCUGCAGGCCGCCAAGGACGAGAGGGAACAAGACGAAGGAGCGAUCGAGGCCGUGAUCGCGCACUUUACCGCCCACGGUGACGCCAUAGUGGCCAUGACUUUCGAUUUAACCGGAGCAUUGUUAAUGACGGCUGACAAGAGGGGACACGAUUUUCACGUCUUCAGAAUACAGCCUCACCCGGGGGGCCCCACCCUGGCCGCGGUGCACCAUCUGUACGUUCUACAUCGAGGCGAUACCACCGCCAAAGUACAAGACAUGACGUUUUCGAGCGAUGCGCGGUGGGCGGCCGUCUCGACGGUCCGUGGAACCACCCACGUCUUUCCCGUGGCGCCCUACGGCGGUUCGGUCGGCGUCAGGACGCAUUCGACUCCGCACGUGGUCAAUCGAUUGUCGCGGUUCCACCGGAGCGCGGGUCUCACCGACGACGGUACCAGGUCUCAUUCUCCGGUGUCUCACGCGGAAUUGCCGCUGUCCGUCUACCCGUACUCUAAUCCGAGAUUACCGCCGUAUCCCCAUCCGACGAUUUUGCACCCACUGGCGCAAAUCCGUCAGCCCUCGUCGCUGAGCCACAACACCGCUCAAAUCCAACCCAGACCCCAGCAACGGCAACGCCUGCAUUCCGACGACGGGGGAAGUUUGCCUUUGAAAAUUUGUGCUUGCUUUGCCCCGCCGAGAGCCUGGAUCUAUUCGCAACGAGAUUCCGCGAGCAAAAUCGCAAAGAGGGCGGUCGAUUCCUUGUUCGUCAUGGCUUGUCACGGAAACAUGAUUCAAUACGAUUUGGAGCCGAAACCAGCCGCGGGGGUGCCGAAAGAAAAAGUGUGCGACGACACGAGCAUCGAGCUGGACGUCGAGGCGAAAGGCCAGUGGCCGCUCUUGAGGACUCCCGCCUCCUCGGAGAUCGUCCCGCCGUUGCCAUCGAACAGUCCAUUGUUUUGCAAUCAUUUCUCGCUCAAAGACCCGCAGCCCUUGAACACCGCCGAAGACCGUUGGCUCAGUCAGGUGGAAAUUGUAACUCACGCCGGACCGCACAGAAGACUGUGGAUGGGGCCGCAGUUCGUUUUUAAAACCUACAACGCUCCCAGCGGGGUUGCCGUGAACCUGGUCGAAGCCGAGGCUAUAGAAGUCGGGGUAACCGGUGGGUCCCGACCCGCGAGGUCGAAUCCGGUGAACAUGCCCCAUGCGACUUCGAGGCCGUUGGUUCCCGUUGUCACCGACGGUUCCGGAAGCAGUUACGAGCAGUCGCCAAGAUUCUUGGAAGCAUAUGGAGAUUCACUCGACAACGAUAGCGUGGGCAUCGGUGGCGGUGAGAAUCAGUUGCGAGAAGAUCUCGCGGAAGCUAUGCUGGAAACGUCCACGGUUUCUCAUCGGGUUCCAGGGCGGCGAGUGGUAGUCGAAAGGGUGGGCCAGCCGAUAGCGAAGGUGGUGAACCCUCUGGGCACCGUGAUUACGGUGUCGGCCGACGAGGAGGAGGCCACCUCGAGCCAGGAGCUCGAGCCCGAAGAGGGCAACCCGGAGCCGCCGAAGAGCGUCUGCGCCGAGGAGGGGCCGGCGUCGCUGGCCGACUUCGAGUCGGAGAGCCACACCCUGAAGAACCUGACGGAGGUCUGCGCGGAGAUGAGAUCGGCCAGCGAGCCGGCCAUAGACUCCGUCCCGGACGAGAGCAUCAGGGAGCUCAGCGAGAGGAAGACGCUCUGCGUCGAGGCGGCCACGAUGCUCCUCGGGGGCGGGAAGGGCUCGAUCGACUUCGGCCGGGAGGACAACUUCAGGGACGUCCCCGCGAGCCUCAGCCUCUGCGCCGAGCCGGGCGAGAUCCCCAAGAGCCCGAUGACCAGCGCCAGGGAGAACUCGUCUCGGGCCGGUAGGGCCGAGUCGAGGGAGAGGACUCUGGCCCGAGCCAAGUACGUCGUCAGCUACGACCUCGAGGACGGCGUCGUCUUGACGGAGGCGACCUCGCCUCCUCUCCUUCGCGGUCUCUCCGACGAGGACGUCGAACCGUUCAUCGUUCAGCGCGAGGGGAAUGAAGGGAAUCGCUCGAGGAGAAAGCCCGGCAAGAGCACGAUUUCCGAUGGCGGCGGCGACGACUCGGAUCGCGUACACCCCUCCGAGUCGGUGGCGGAGGCUCAGCCCGGGUCGCGACCCGAGGGUCUCCGGAUGACGAGACGCUCCCGCAAAGGCGUCGCGUCCUCGGACGACGACUUGGAGCACGUUUCGCCGUCGGAGGUCGAGCCCGGCCGGGGCACAGGGCACGAGUCGCUUCUCCCGGAGCUCGAGGUCCGCGAGGUGGCUCCGCCGAGACGUCGCAACGGAGCCAAGGCGAACGGCCCGGUCCAGGAGAUCGUCGACGUCGACGCUCCGCAAACGGCCGACCCGGAGACCGCGUCCGCGCCAGAGAGCAAGGCUCCGGAGAGCAAGGCUCCGGAGCCCCCCGCGAAGCCAAGGAAGUCUCGCCGGGCCAGAAAGACCGUCGUCGACGGGACCAUCGAGGACGCGGUCGAAGGCGCCCGCUCGUCGAAGCGCAAGUCGUCUCCCCCGACGACCGGUUCUUCCUGGAGUUCCGUGGUGAAGGCGAGCGUCAAGAGCGAGGAGGAGCCCCCUCGGAUCGGGACAGGCGACGAGGCCGAGGACGAGGACGCGGCGUGCCGCCUUCCUCCGAGGUCGUCCAAGGCGUCGACUCCCGUGGAGAAACACGAGGGGCGGGAGUCGGCGCCCAAGUCGGAGGAAGGGGCAGGCGAGAAGAAGGACCCCUCCUCGGAGCCCGAGACGGAGAAGCGGAGCGACUCCGAGCAGGACGUCGUGCCCGAGAGGUCCAGCUCCUCGGACGACCUGAACGCCAACGCCGUUCCGAUGGACACCGAGGAGGACAACCCCAAGGAGGUGGAGAAGAACGGCUCCGGCGGGAGUGGGAGCGGGAACGGCAAUUCCAAGGAGGGCUCCAAGAAGGGCCGCUCGAAGAAGAAGAAGCGCAGAUGAGUGGAGGACUGCGUGGACGUUCCGAGGGCCAGCCUCGCGCUCUAUAUUCUGCUGAUGCAAGUCUCGGGGGCGGAUUGAACUCGAUCCCGGGAGACCCGGGGCACCCGGGGCACCCGGGGCCCCCCGAGGCCGAGGCAACUUUGAUUCUCUCCCUCGAUCCUUCGAUCGGCCCUUAGGUGUUCGUUAGUCUCGCGCGGUUGUUCGCGCUCGCGAUAAAUAAUUACCACAUGAGAUUUUCGAGCGUUCGUUCGUUUAACGAAUUCGCGAGAAAACUCGUUGCAAACCAUUUCUUUCGCAUUGAAAGAGUCGACGCCUUUUAUUUAUUUGAUCCUCCUUUUAAUCAGGAGUACAUCUUUUAUACGCGCUUCUUUUACCCGAAUCUCGACGGAGCCGGUUUUCCUCGGGUUUCUCCUUUGGAAUCGGGAUUCGAUCCCGAUUCGCUUAGUUUUUUUCCCCUCCUCCCCUUUGCUUCGUCGCUGUCCGUCGCGUUAUCGUUAACGCUACGUCUUGGGGGACGGCUUGUACAUUUUAGAAUAACGAGGACGACGUUAACCGAAAGCAACCUCGCCGCAAAUGCAAAGAAAGGGGAAGAAACGGGAAGAAACGGGAUUUCGUUUCCUUACCCGUCCGCGCUCGGCGGCGGAAACGGUCUCCGGGCGCGUAUCGUAAGAAACUAGAAUAAGUAAGUGCGUUGAAAAUACUCAGGGUAGAGUAGUACCGUGUACGUAUCCGCUCCGUUUCCUCGUCCCCCCGAGUCGUCGAAGCGUUUCGCGACAGCUGCUUAGAGUAACCGAGAGUAACCGAGGAGUCGGCUCGGAAAGAGGACGGAGACUUCGGGGGCGUCUCGCGUCUCUCCGGUCCGAUCUCGACGAAGCGACCGGACGGAAGGCGAGAAGAGACGAGGAAAGGACGUAAAUAAAAGGUUAAAGCUGCAA